UCCCUCUCUCCAGGUUGUUUGCACCCACGAGGGGAAAGCGAUGCCCGUACAGGGAAGUUGGCUGCCUCCACAUCCUAAAAAUGCCAACAUGACCAUCACUCUCUCCCACAACAUGAUCAAGAUGGUUGUCGCUCUCACUGCCAAGAAGAGCUCUAUCUCGAUUAACGGCAUGGAUGCAAGGAUAUUAAGAGUAAGCUACAGCUACCAAAAAGACAACAAGGUCAACGCCAACGUGGUCAUAGAGGUGCUGAAGGACGGUAGACCCCUAGCGAUUGUGACAACGGUCUCCACGUUCUUCUGUAAGAGCACAGUUUCAAAGGACAAAAUGACCUCAGAAAUCAAACUUUUAAGGCACGAAGACAGCGCAGAACCCCCUGAGGCUAUGGACGAGGCAAAAGAAGCCGUGGAUAAAGCUAUGGGGAAGUUUACCAAGGGCCUUCAAGUGACGUUUAAAGAAGUGCCUGUGCCCCAGGGCCCAUUCCCAUCUCAAAUGAGUGACAUCCCAGUGAGCUAUGUAAAAUUGAAUAUUCUGGCAUCAAACUAAAGGCACCAGAAGCCAAGAAAACUCCAGAAGAGGGCAGCAAAACUCUACAAACUUCUCUAUGACAUUUUGAGCUGGGACAUGCUGACAACUACGGAGCAAAGGAGAACUAGCUGUCUCAGCACGCCAACUAUCUUUUAGAAUACAGCCAGCACGAUGCUGCAGUAACAAAUGUAAGAAUGCAAGAACUGGAGAUUUUCGGCAUUUCUGUUACCAUCUUUUUAUUAAACAAA